AUGUACGAAGCACUUGUAGAAGAAUUCUUAGUGUCUGUUUACGAAACAGUAGGAGCGUAUCUUCGUUUCAAUGAUGAUCUUCGUCAUUUAUCAUCUAAUGAUCGUUCCAUAAUACUUCGUAGUGCUGUUGAUAAUGUGUGCUGUAUGAGUGGUGCAUUUAUUAUGCAACAUAGCCAUUUAUAUGGUCUCAAUUCUUUUUUGAAGGUUAUGAAUGCAAAGUAUGGAAAACAUACCAUGGAUAUUCAUAUUUGGACAAGAAGAUUUAUUGAUCCAGAUAUUGUAUUGGUCAAACUAUCAAUUUCAUUGUUCGCUUUCUCUGAAAAUACUUGCUGUUAUUAUUCAGAAACCUCAAAAGACUUAACAAAUCCUAUUGAUAUUGCAAAGAUUCAAAACAAGUAUGCAAAAUUAACAUGGAGAUAUCUUCUCUACAAAUAUGGCCACCAUGACGCUGUGAAACGAUUUCUUAAUAUAACUCUUUGGCUUGCUGCUAUGAAUAUUUUAGCAAUUCAUGCUCGAACUCUGAUAGUACAUGUUCAUAAUAUUGAUGUAAUUAUUGAACAAUCUGAAAUAACACUGAUAUUAGAUGAUAUUGAUCAAAUUAUUGAAAAAACAAAUCAGUAA